AUGGGCAACCAGUUAGCAGUCUCAUUCGAACAGCGUGUGUCCAUUUCUGGCAGAUUUUUGAAAGUUAGGCGUCGAUCGGGUUCAUUUCGUCACUUGGUGUCACCCUCGUCUUCAUUGCUGCAGAAAUCGCAUCAUCAAAACCAAAAGCGUCGUUCUCGUUCACAGAGUGAAGGGCUAACAAGUGACUGCGGUACUGCAAUCUCUACGACUGACUCACAAUUACCUCGAGGCUCAGGUUUUAGUGACAAAGCAGGGAACGACAUGAAAUUGUCAUUGCCAUUAGAUUCGACUAAAGAAGAAGACGAUGAGCAGUCAAGAAGCGUAAGAGAUUGCUACAAUCGUAAACAGAAUCGUGAACAUACAACAGACCAGACUAGACGUAUCCAUGAAGCCGAAAAGAUUUUACUUGAAAUUGCCAAGGAGUAUGCAGCUAAGAGAGCAGCAGGUUUGGUACCGAUGAAGCCAGUACCGGCAAGAACAUUGUUGUGGGAAGAGAUGGAGAGAAGAACGCAACGAAUUCGAGCAGGUUAUGGACGACGCGGAACUUGCCUUUUUGGCAGAGAUACAGAUAAAGGGCCAUGCGGAUGUUCUAACUACAAGAAGAUGAAGAAGCUGGCCGAUGGACUUGAUAAUACGGGAGGAGUGUGUGAGUGCUGCAAACACGGAGCUCCGUGGCAUCGACUUGCAGGAGGAUCAAAGGCUGCAACUGGUACUGGCACUUUGAGUUUGGGUAUGACGCGCGCAUCCAUGCGUUCACGAGGCGCUCGGAGUCGUGCAAGUAGUCGCAACAGUCACACAGUAUCAAGGAGUGGAAGUAUUCAGCAGCAGCAGACACCGAUUGACGGGUCGAUGUAUUCAUUAGGUAGCGACUACUAUGACGAGUAUGAUGAUGAGUAUGAUAGCGAUGAAGAAAGUGAUGACGACGAGAAUAUUGCUAACGAGAUGGCAAGGCCAGAUGGUAUGAUAGGUGAUCUAACACCACCACUUAUACAAAGCCAUGCUCGAAGUGAGGGUGAUCAACGAGACCGCAAUUCACUUUUUUUAAAUGGAGACAGCUUUGGAUUCCCACCACGUCUUUCAAGUACAAGUCGUCAUCUGGACAAGCUUUUGAAUGCAAUUGCUAAAUACCGAGCUAUGGGUCUAUCUGAAGAUGAAAUUGAGAUUAAAAUUCGAGAGGAUUUUCCACCCGCUUGGCGAUUAUCAUAUGGUAGUGGACAUUUAAAUCGUGCUAGUCAUUGA